AUGACGAAUCUUUCUUAUACGCUCACUCCGUGCACCAUCGGCACCUACUAUGACUUCAGGGUAUAUGCAACCUCUGUGGCUGGUGACGGGCCAGUGAGCGAGAACCUCAACCGGCCUUGUGGGCGUAUCCCGGGUCCAACUAGCAUCCCACGGCUUCGUGGUGCUGAUUGCCUGACCAGCCCAGCAUGGAUAGCCUUCGAAUGGGAUCCACCACUGGAUGAUGGUGGUUCUCCUUUGAUCGGUUAUAAGCUACUUAGAGCAUCCGAGUCGGACCCCUCUAACUGGCAGCUCAUUGGCUCCGUAUCGAUGCGAGAGGCGAACUUCACCGAUAGAGGCUCGAUAAGAGGUUUGGUCUAUGGUAAGUACUACAGCUACAGAGUUGUGGCGAUGAAUGGCAUCGACGACUUGGACUAUUCUUAUGCAUCAGAGCCUCUGUUGGCCCUAUGCAGUGAGUUCUAG